AUGGUUCUAUCGGGUCGGACGAGGCACGACAAUGGAAUUGGUAGGUACCAUGAUUUGGAGCAGUUCAGGCAAAACGAGGAGGAGACCAUGGUGUCUUACGCAGUUUUGUGGUGGUACUCUGGCUCCUUCUUUCGGAAAUCAAAGCUGUACAUCUCUAUCAUACAAUACUAUAUAUUCAACACUCGUUCAAUAACACUCCAUCCACAACACUCUCCUAAUCCAAGCUUCAACCAAACCAUGAAAGCCUUCUCCGCCACCAGACGAGUGUACAUUGACCGGCUCACCAACUGCAUAAAUACCACCCUCUCCAACCUCAACUGCACCACCUGGGCCGAUCUUGCCACCGCCGCUGCAAAACUCUCCGCCAAGAUGAAACAUCUCUCCAAAAAAUACGAGAAGAACGACGAGAUCAACGAUCUCCUGAGAUCUGUCCGGAGAAGCGAACUCUCCAUCCGCGCUCUCCGUCGCGAUGAAGAGAAUAUCACCCAACUCAACGAGAUGUCUGAAAUGUACGAGACGGCGUACCGGACGCCGGAUUUGUACUGCGGGCAGGAGCGGCAGAAGAAUGACAUGGAUGGAUAUAAGAAGAUGACGGGUCACGUGCAGGAACUGCAGGCGGAUCAUGAUUCUUGUGUUAGGAAAUUCUUGGAGAAGGCGAUGGCGCGGCUGAGGGAGUUUAAGAAGUUGAUUUGGAGGGUGAAAAGUUUGGAGGAGAAGGGAUAA